AUGCCGCAGCUGAACGGCGGUGGAGGAGAUGACCUGGGCGCCAACGACGAGCUGAUUUCCUUCAAAGACGAGGGCGAGCAGGAGGAGAAGAGCUCCGAACACUCCUCGGCAGAGAGGGAUUUAGCCGAUGUCAAGUCGUCUCUCGUCAAUGAAUCAGAAACGAAUCAAAACAGCUCGUCCGAUUCCGAGGCGGAAAGACGGCCUCCGCCGCGCUCCGAAAGUUUCCGAGACAAAUCCCGGGAAAGUUUGGAAGAAGCGGCCAAGAGGCAAGAUGGAGGGCUCUUUAAGGGGCCACCGUAUCCCGGCUACCCCUUCAUCAUGAUCCCCGACCUGACGAGCCCCUACCUUCCCAACGGAUCGCUCUCGCCCACCAGUAGGACAUAUCUCCAGAUGAAAUGGCCACUGCUUGAUGUUCAAGCAGGAAGCCUUCAGAGUAGACAAGCCCUCAAGGAUGCCCGGUCUCCGUCCCCGGCACACAUUGUCUACCCCCUCCCUUGCUGCCCUCAGGGACAUGACUGUCAGCACUUCUACCCCCCCUCAGACUUCACUGUCAGCACUCAAGUCUUCAGGGACAUGAAAAGGAACCACUCCUUACAAAAAGUUGGGGAGCCCUGGUGUUUGGAGUCGAACAAAGUGCCGGUUGUGCAGCACCCUCACCACGUACACCCCCUCACGCCUCUUAUUACGUACAGCAAUGAACACUUCACCCCAGGAAAUCCACCUCCACACUUACCAGCCGAUGUAGACCCCAAAACAGGAAUCCCACGGCCUCCGCACCCUCCAGAUAUAUCUCCAUAUUACCCGCUAUCGCCUGGCACCGUAGGACAAAUCCCCCAUCCGCUAGGAUGGUUAGUACCACAGCAAGGUCAGCCCGUGUAUCCAAUCACGACCGGAGGAUUCAGACACCCUUACCCCACAGCUCUGACCGUCAACGCUUCCAUGUCCAGGUUCCCACCCCAUAUGGUCCCACCACAUCAUACUCUCCACACGACCGGCAUUCCCCAUCCGGCCAUAGUCACGCCGACAGUCAAACAGGAAUCCUCGCAGAGUGACGUCGGUUCCCUGCACAGCUCAAAGCAUCAGGACUCCAAAAAGGAAGAAGAGAAGAAGAAGCCCCACAUCAAGAAACCUCUUAACGCGUUCAUGUUGUAUAUGAAGGAAAUGAGAGCGAAGGUCGUAGCCGAGUGCACGUUGAAGGAAAGCGCAGCCAUCAACCAGAUCCUCGGGCGGAGGUGGCACGCAUUAUCUAGAGAAGAGCAAGCAAAGUACUAUGAACUAGCCCGGAAGGAACGACAACUCCAUAUGCAGCUCUACCCUGGCUGGUCCGCACGGGAUAACUAUGGGAAGAAGAAGAAGAGAAAAAGGGAUAAGCAGCCAGGAGAGAGCAGUGGAGAAAAAAAAAGUGCGUUCGCUACAUACAAGGUGAAGGCAGCUGCCUCAGCCCACCCUCUUCAGAUGGAAGCUUACUAGACUCGCCGCCUCCCUCCCCCAACCUGCUAGGCUCCCCUCCCCACGACGCCAAGUCACAGACUGAGCAGACCCAGCCUCUGUCGCUGUCCCUGAAGCCCGACCCCUUGGCCCACCUGACCAUGAUGCCUCCUCCACCCGCCCUGCUCCUGGCCGAGGCCACCCAUGCCAAGGCCCCUGCCCUCUGUCCCAACGGGGCCCUGGACCUGCCGCCCGCCUCGCUGCAGCCGCCCAUCGCUCCGUCCUCAUCUCUUGCACAGCCGUCGACUUCUUCCUUACAUUCCCACACGGCGCUGGCCGGGGCCCAGCCCCAGCCCCUGUCCCUGGUCACCAAGUCGUUAGAAUAGCUUUAGCUUCGUGCACCCCCGGAUGCUUCGUCCACUCUUUGGUUCGCCUCUUCUUUCUUUUCCUCCCCCCCUUUGACAGGUUCUGUUUUUGUACCCUUUGAUUUUGUGCCGCGUGGCUAUAUUAGUUGAUGUUUUAUCGAGUUCAUUGGUCAAUAUUUGACCCAUUCUUAUUUCAAUUUCUCCUUUUAAAUAUGUAGAUGAGAGAAGAACCUCAUGAUUCUACCAAAAUUUUUAUCAACCGCUGUUUAAAGUCUUUGUAGCGUUUAAAAAAUAUAUAUAUAUACAUAACUGUUAUGUAGUUCGGAUAGCUUAGUUUUAAAAGACUGAUUAAAAAA